AUGAAGCUCUCUAUCAACAUUGCACUUGCGCUUGCCUUUCUUACCUCCUCUUUCUCAGCUACCGCCUCUGCUGAGACUCCCCUUGUGACUGUUCAACUUACCAAUGACCAGUCCGGUGCCAACGCUAACGUGGCUGUUCGAGCAGAUGGUGUCAAACAUACCAUCGCAUCACUCUGGGGCAAAACAGCAGUUGCACGCAAUGAAUUUUCCGACCAGGCAUAG